AAAGCACAAAACCGAACCUAUCCCGUAAGUUAAAAGUUCAUCCACGAAAAAGAAACAGCGCGUCCCAAAGCUACAAUCCACUGCUUCCGGCACCACAACACCCAAAUACAACCGCUAAUUAAAAUCCGCCACGCCAUCAAUCAAGUCACAGCCCUUCUGACACGUGCAGAAUUGCGUGAGUUUCAUUGGGUAUCGUGGGCCGCAGGGGUUGUGAAGCCUUUGAUUCUUACUGCGGCAGUUAGUAACAUGAGACAGUGAAAUUGGUCACCCCACUACAAAUACCUGCUUGUACCUUCCUCUCUCAUUCCCCCAUUUUAAACUCAUUCACCAACUCCACCUCUAUAAGGCACCGUUUCAGAAUAAAGUUUGAGACUUUGAUAUUGGGUUUGAUUAAGAGAGAUAAAUUAUGGCUAGGAGAGAUCUUGAAAGUGGCGGUGGGGGAACCAAGAACAACCGAGUUGAAAACUAUUCUGCUCCUUCAUCUUCUGUUUAUGAACCUGAGACUCAUUGGACAUCAUGGCUUGUGCCUAUGUUUGUCGUUGCUAACAUAGCGGUUUUUAUUGUCACCAUGUACAUCAACAAUUGUCCCAAGAACAACCUUGAAUUACAAGGUGACUGCGUGGCCAGGUUCCUUGGCAGGUUCUCCUUCCAACCUAUGCAGGAGAAUCCAUUACUUGGUCCUUCUUCUUCCACAUUGACCAAGAUGGGAGCCCUCCGAUGGGAUAAUGUUGUGAAUAAGCAUCAAGGAUGGAGACUUGUCACUUGCAUUUGGUUACAUGCUGGAAUUAUUCAUUUGCUAGCCAACAUGUUGAGCCUGGUCUUCAUUGGCAUUCGCCUUGAACAACAAUUUGGGUUUUUGAGGAUAGGGAUCAUAUACCUGGUUUCUGGUUUUGGUGGGAGUGUAUUAUCAUCUUUGUUUAUUAGAGACCACAUCUCUGUUGGUGCUUCUGGCGCCCUUUUUGGACUUCUUGGAGCAAUGCUGUCAGAACUUAUCACAAACUGGACUAUAUAUUCCAAUAAAGCAAUGGCUUUACUCACCCUUCUAGUCAUCAUUGUGAUCAACCUUGGCAUUGGCAUUUUGCCACAUGUAGAUAAUUUUGCUCACAUUGGGGGAUUCCUGGUGGGAUUUCUCCUUGGUUUCAUUUUGUUGCCCCGUCCCCAGUUUGGGUGGUUAGAGCAGCGACGUCUUCCCGCCAGUGUUCGUCUGAAGUCAAAGUACAAGGCAUACCAAUAUGUUCUAUGGAUUGUGUCUCUUGUUCUGUUGAUCGCUGGGUUAACGAUUGCAUUGGUGAUGCUAUUCCGGGGUGAGAAAGGGUAUGAUCACUGCCAUUGGUGUCGCUACCUCACAUGUGUCCCCACUUCUAAAUGGGAAUGCAGCAAUGACGCUUAGACGAAAUGGCAUAUGAUGUUCACCAGCAGUUUCUUUUCUCACUGUAUAGUCAUAGCUCUUAGAAACUGGGUUGUUUUGUUUCAUUUCGUUUGUUUUAUUUUUUUCCUCCGAAUAAUUGGUUUGUCUUUAUGGAUUUAUGCCUAAUUUUUCUUUUUGAAACAUACAUAGUAUAUAAUAUAUAAAGAUAUUUUUUUGUAUAUGAAUUCAUUUUCC